UCGGCCAGCAUAUAAUAUGGCUCCCAUUUGGAAAGGAUGAUAAAGUCAGACAGACAACACUGAUUUCUUUAUCAUUUAGCGUGCGCCUCUUGCCUCCAGGAUUUGGCGCGGUCAUUUUUUUCCUCGAGAUUUUCUUUCGCGUCACGCGCGACUGACUAAGCAAAGAGCGCCCAUUGGUAGUCUAGCCAGCUAUGGCUUAUGUUAAACAAACAAACAACACAGAAAUAACCAAAGCGGCAUGGAAAACCGUAGUUACCGGCGUAUACAAUAAUUUGACUUCCAAAGUUCGAAACUACAUUUCAUGUGAUCGAAGCUCAAUUAACUCGUGACGACAUUGCAUCCAAGAAAAUGUUUACCGUCCACCGACGUAUCCAAGAAUUUGACCGCCAAUUUUCGAAACACUUCAUGUGAUCGACGCUGAAAUAACUCGUGACAAGACAAUAUUACAUUUUAGGGAAUGUUAGACGCUGACUCGCUAAAUAGAUGAGUGCUUUGGACUACUCUUGGUCGCCCGAAAAAAUCUAGGUCAUACGAACUGACCUGUCCACCGACUGUGGGCAGAAAAUGUCUCUUAUACUUGGGGAAGAUCUCUGCGUUAACGCUACAGUUCCAAGUUAUUUACCCUUUUUCACGGCCUCGUCUUCAAUAUUAAUUAGUAUCAUUGCGUCUGUUGGAAACUCUCUCGUGGUUAUUGCUGUCAUCUGGAAUCCUUACAAAGACUUGCGGACACCGUUUUGCUACUUCGUAGCGAAUCUUAGCAUUGCGGACCUUGUCGUUGGACUUAUUGUAGGGCCUUUGUCUACGAUAAAUCAUAUCCUGAAGGGACUUGACAAGCUAAAGCAGCCUUUCGGAGACAUAGUUCUGGUAGCGUAUUUUAUUUUAUGCACCGCGUCACUUUUCAGCCUAUCAGCUCUAGCGCUCGAUCGUUAUCUCGCCAUCAUGAACCCUCUGAGUUAUCGAACCAACCUUAACCCUGUCAGGACCUUCUUGGUUUCAGUUAUUGUGUGGAUUGCGUCCAUUCUGCUUUCGAUGAUCUUUUUCAUUGUGGGGCCCUUCAGAUAUCUUUUCAUCUUUGCUAACACUGCCUUAGCUGUUACCAUUGUUGUGCUGAUUUUUACGAAAGCCAAGAUUUUGAAGUACUUGCGACACCAGACGCAGCAAUGGGACACCUUCCACGAGAGUACAGAAGAGAACUUGAUUAUGAGACAGUUGAUGAUGUGGGAAAAGAAAAUGACGAAAACACUGCUCAUUGUAAUGCUGUUGUUUCUUACUUUUUAUCUCCCAUCAUGUAUUUUUAUUUACAUCAUCAAUCUCUGCACAAAUUGUCAUUGUGUGUUUCUUCAUUGGAUCAUUGACAUUCAAUUUCUUCUUAUAAUGGCCAAUUCAGCCGUGAAUCCAUUUGUGUUCCCCUGGAGAUUGGGAAAUUUCCGAAGGGUUUUCAGGAGCAUUGUGACAUGUCGCACGUGUAUCAGGUCCAUGUCAGUUUUGAACCACAAUAAUUAUCAACCGUUGUGAACGCUAAUGGGUCUUAAAACAGCUACGCGCGAUAGGUGCAGUUUAGUUGAUACAGAGGACAUUAAGUAGACAGCCGAUUAAACUGGAAAAGCAGAACGUAUGCAAGGUAGUUCCCAAAGCGUAUGGCGGCCAUAAACCGAUGGGGGUCAAAAUGUGUAAAACACGGGACAGUUUUGUCCAUGAUGAUUGUCUCGUGGGGUAUACGUGACAAAUCAACAUCGCACAGCGUUGCUGACUGACUGUCGGUUUAUUUCGGUGUAUAUCGAGUGACUUUUAGAUUUGGGUAGGUGUACGACAAUGUGUCCGGUUAACAAGUUUCAAUUCCAGUACUCAUGCUUUCGCUUAUUAUAUGUCACAUAAAUCUUGUACCCAUAGUCUACUAGCUAUUUAACUGAAUAUCAGUGAUGUUUGUUAAAUAAGACGGUAUGAACACAGAAUGAUUGAAUCUAUUCACUAUCUAUUGACCUUUAAUACCCAAGCUUUUACAGUAUACUAUUUAAUUACCAAACCUCGCUUACUGUCAAAGUGUCCGGCACCUCUGUAAAAGUAUUCGACCGACGCAAAUUAGACACUGAUGUACUAUGUUGAGAAUGAAAUGGUGCCUGAGUGUAUCCAAGGAUUGUGUGAGGCCCAAAGUUCGGAUUGGUGAGUUUACGAUGACCGAACUCAAUCGAACCAAUCGAACUAAACCGACGGGAUUUGUUCAAUAAAAUUGUUAAAGUAAUUCGAAAUCCCUUCUCCCCUUUUCUUCCUAACAAUAAACUUUUCACCGACGCGGUAGCCUUUAACUUCCGGAAUUGUCAAUUUCAGGCUGGGUUUUACGUUAUUCGCCCUCUUCGGCAUCUUGCCUGUGUACUCGUACCGACACACAACUUGUGUGACCACAACACCUCAUUUGAAACCAAACAAGAAGAUCUUUAAGAUCUUACAA